CCAGGAGUUGGGCUGAGCCCCUCGUUCACUUCUCUCUGAGCCAUGUCCGGCCUCAACGCGUCCCUGGGGUACUUCCUGUGCGUGGUGGUCCUCGCGGCCCUGGUCCGGACGCUCCUCGGCAGAUGGCCGCGCCUGGGCUUCGUCCUGGAGCUGGCGUCCUCCUUCGCGCUGGUGGCGUGUCGCCUGGAGGUGCAGACCAUCGUGGAGGUGGGCGAGUGGGCCGGGGGCCUGGGCCCCGACGUGACGCUCACCGUGCUCUUCCUGGUGCUGCUGACGCACGGCGUGGUCUGCGGCGCCGCCUCGGGGAACCCCACCGUGGCGGCGCUGAGGUUCCUGCAGCUGGAGGCCACCUUCCCGGCCACGCUGCUGGCCGUGGGGGCCCAGUUCCUCGGGGCCCACCUGGCGCUCCGCGCGGCCGCGUACUACUGGAGCCUGGAGCUGACGGACAUGCACAUGAUCAAGAACCUGAUGGCGGCGGAGUGCAGCACGUCCCUGCUGGUCUCCCUGGUCCAGGGCUUCAUCACCGAGUGCUUCUGCUCGCUGGUCCUGCACCUGGUCCACCUGAACCUGGGACGCCGGUCGGCUCUGAUCCGCGUGCCUCUGACCGCCGUCCUCCUCACCUUCCUGUCCCACAUAGCCAAAGGCUACACCUCUGCUCACGUGAACCCCUCGCUGUCCUACGGCCUCACCUUCCACUGCUCCGGAUUCACCUUCUCAGAGUACGCUCUGGUCUACUGGCUGGGCUCCCUCACAGGUAUGCUCCUGGCCCUGCUCCUGUACGCGGGCCACAUCCCGAGGGUCUCUGCCCGGAACCUUCUGUACGGUCAGAAGACACGUUUCCGGGUGCCGAAGAGCGACAAAGCAGAGAAGAAGAAAAAGUGAAAGAAACA